GGCCGGGCACACGGGGCCAAGGGCCGGGGCGAGCCCCGCUCUUCCCGCUGGACAUGCAGAGCACCCCCAACUACCUGUGGAGCACCGAGGACCUCCUGGGCCAGGGGGCCACGGCUUCUGUCUACAAAGCUCGCAACAAGAAAUCGGGGGAGCUGGUAGCCGUGAAGGUCUUUAACAAUGCCAGCUACCUGCGGCCCCACGAGGUCCAGAUGAGAGAGUUUGAGAUGCUGCGGAAGCUGAACCACAAAAACAUUGUCAAAUUAUUUGCCGUGGAGGAGACAGGCAGCAGCAAGCAGAAGGUGCUGGUGAUGGAAUAUUGCUCCAGUGGCAGCCUGCUGAAUGUGCUGGAAGACCCAGCCAAUGCCUUUGGCCUGGCUGAGUCGGAGUUCCUCAUCGUGCUGCAGUGUGUGGUGGCAGGGAUGAACCACCUCCGUGAGAACGGCGUCGUCCACAGGGACAUCAAACCCGGCAACAUCAUGCGGCUGGUGGGGGAGGACGGGCAGAGCAUCUACAAACUGACGGAUUUCGGAGCCGCCCGAGAGCUGGAGGAUGACGAGAAGUUUGUGUCUGUCUAUGGGACAGAGGAGUACCUCCACCCCGACGUGUACGAGCGAGCCGUGCUGCGCAAGCCGCAGCAGAAGGCGUUCGGUGUCACCGUGGACCUCUGGAGCAUCGGUGUCACCUUCUACCACGCUGCCACCGGCAGCCUCCCCUUCGUGCCCUUCGGGGGACCCCGCAGGAACAAGGAGAUCAUGUACAAAAUCACCACGGAGAAGCCUCCUGGGGCCAUUGCAGGGAUCCAGAGGCAGGAGAACGGGAACAUCGAGUGGAGCUACGAGCUGCCCAUCACCUGCCGCCUCUCCACGGGGCUGAAGGACCAGCUGAUCCCCGUCUUGGCAAAUAUCCUGGAGUUGGAUCAGGAGAAAUGCUGGGGGUUCGACCAGUUUUUUGCAGGAACCAAUGACAUUUUGCACAGGAUCGUGGUGGACGUGUUCUCCCUGCAGCAGGCGUCCUCCCACCGCAUCUACAUCCACUCCUACAACACUACCGCCAAGUUUUUAGACGCCGUCUUCAAACAGACAAAUAUAGCCCCUCACCAUCAGGAAUAUUUUUUUGAAGGACACCUGUAUGAGCUGGAUCCCAAUCUGCAAGCUCAUAAUUUCUGCAGAACCACAGAGAGCAGCCCCCUGACCUUGCUGAGCACCUCUGAGCAGCCCGAGGACGUGCUGGGGGUGCGCUACAGAGACCCGGCGCUGGACUUCCCCAAGCUGGUGCCCAGGGUGGACGUGGUGGCCGACUGCAGCGCAGCCAAGAGCGCCGUGGGUGCCGCUCACCAGACCCUGCGCGUGGGGCAGGCGCUGCGGAGGGGCCGGGAGCUGCUGGCCAGGGGCCUCCAGUGGGUGAUAGGGAACCUGAGAACGGAGUGCUGCAGGAUUCUGGAGCAGAGGAGAGGGGCUCAGUCCGUGCUGGCCUGCCUGCAGCUCACCCAGGGGAAGACACUCGUGCUGUUCCAGGCUGUUCCUGGGGGCAGCAGGGACCCAGCUGGGGUGGAUGUGCUGGAGACAAGGCUGCAGAGGGUGGACCAGGAGCUCUCCCAGUGCUCCCACAGCAUCUUUGACUUCCAGGGGGCCCUGGAUGGGAUUUUGGCCGAGCUGGUGAAGGACAGGCAGCAAGUGCACGAGGACAAGAGCACCCAGCAGAUGGAGUGCUGCCUGGAGAAGAUGCAGGGGAUCUACAAGCAGUUCAAGAAGGCCAGGACGUGUCUGAGGCUGGGCUACAACGAGGAACAAAUCCACAAGCUGGAUAAGCUGAAUUUGGGGAGCCUGGCCAGGAGGGUUGUGUCCAUUUUCCAGAAUUGUGUCCAGCAGUACCAGGAGGUUCUGGCCCUGCACAGCAGCAGGAUGAGGAAAGUUUGUGAGAUCAAGAAGCACCUGAAGAGGCUCAGCAACCGCAUCAGUGCCUGCAGCGUGGAGAUGAUGGAGUGCCAGGACUGCCUGCAGGGUGCUCUGGACAGGCUUCUCCAAGUGGAGAAAUGGAAUUUGGCCCUGGCUCCUCCCGUGCCUUCCCCCGUCCCCUUGAGCCAGGAGAUGGCUCUGCGGAUGCAGGAGCUGCUGGAGCAGAUGAGGUCGGUCUCCUGCAAUCUCCAGCUCAACAACAGCAUCAUCGAGAGGUUGGGUGGGGCUGCUCCCACUCCCAGCGUUUGAGGGACACUGUGAAGGUGCAGCUGCCGAAGCAAAACCACUUCCAACCACGGGGAAAUCGCAGGAGCCGUCGGAUUUCCGUGCCCUGGGAGCUCUCUGUGUGCUACCUCUGUGCUCCAGCACUUUGCACAUCCAUCAGCUCCCAGUGCCCUGAGACUCUGGAAGUUUGGCCAGAAAACUGA